GAACAUCUCAAACUAGAUUGAUUCUGAGAUUAGAAAUAUUGAAGUGUCAAGAGAAGAUGGGAUGGAGCUUUUGGAAGCAGAAAGCGAGGAGGGGAACUUCUAGACUAAAUGUUAAAUUCGAGGUCCCAUGUCUCAUGUCACAACCAGUGUUAGCUCUUCCGGUUACUACUCUUACCUUUAUUUCCUUACCUUCCACACGCACGAGUCCUCAGCCAUGUUUCUUGCCCCCAAGAAUUCCCAGGCUGACUCAAACCUCUUCUUCUUCAACAAGAAAACAAGGCACAAGAGGCUCAAACAAUAUGAUACUUCUCCAGAAAUCAAUGCCAUGCAGCUAUUGGUGGAACAAUUCUUCACCUAAAAAUGCACCAAACUGUAUACACAAAGGCGGAAAAUGGAAACCUUCUAGUCAAAAAGCAACAGAUAAGUUGGAGUGUGUUUCAAAUAAUUCAAAUGUCAAAUUCUUUAGGAUUGAUCUACGGAAUAGUUCUCAGCUGCAGGGUCAUCAAGCUAAACUGACCACUGGAACUGUGUCGUCAUUUUUCUUACUAAGUCUAAUUCAAUUAGAUUUCCCCAACAGAUUAGUGAAGAUGAUCCAUGACUUAUUUCCACAUCUACUUCAGAUUUUGGCAGCUAGAAGCUUACCUCUUGCCUUAAUAUCUAGUUCCUUGAAUAAACCAACGCCUCUUAACCUGGACUUGUCCUUGCCGUCGAUUCAGGAUAUUAGAUGGAACUUUGCGCGGCUACUGUAUUUAUUCAACAUUCAAAUGGAGAAAAAUGUUGCCACGUUUCUUGUGGUUCUCCUUGUAGCAUGCUGCUCAUUUGUUAUUAUUGGUGGUUUCCUGUUCUUCAACUUUAGGGGAAAUACACAAUCACUCGAGGAUUGCUUGUGGGAAGCAUGGGCAUGCUUGUGUUCAUCAUCUACCCAUUUAAGACAAAGAACGCAUAUUGAACGUGUUAUUGGCUUCAUUCUUGCUAUAUGGGGCAUAUUAUUUUAUUCUCGGUUGUUAAGCACAAUGACAGAGCAAUUCAGAAACAACAUGCAAAAACUCAGGGAAGGUGCACAAGUACAAGUUUUGGAGACAGAUCAUAUAAUCAUUUGUGGUAUAAAUGGUCGUCUAGCUUUCAUACUAAAGCAGAUAAAUAAAUAUCAUGAAUUUGCUGUGCGCUUAGGUACUGCUACAGCCAGGAAGCAAAGAAUUCUUCUUAUGUCAGAUCUUCCAAGGAAGCAAGUUGACAAGCUGGCUGACAACAUUGCCAAGGAUUUUAACCAUAUUGAUAUCCUUACAAAGAGUUGUAGCCUUAGUUUGACAAAAUCAUUUGAAAGAGCAGCAGCCAAUAAGGCACGGGCCAUUAUCGUACUGCCCACAAAAGGAGAUCAGUAUGAAGUUGAUACUGAUGCAUUUCUCUCUGUCCUAGCUCUUCAACCUAUUCCCAAGAUGAAUUCUGUCCCUACUGUUGUUGAGGUUUCAACCUCCAACACUUGUGAGCUCUUGAAGUCAAUCUCUGAAUUGAAAGUAGAGCCUGUAGAAAAUGUAGCUUCUAACUUAUUUGUUCAAUGUUCUCGGCAAAAGGGGCUCAUAAAGAUCUACAGACACUUGCUUAAUUAUCAAAAAAAUGUAUUCAAUCUUUGCCAUUUUCCUAGACUAACAGGAUUGACAUAUCAACAAAUAAGACGUGGUUUUCAAGAGGCAAUUGUUUGCGGUCUUUAUCGGAGUGGUAAGAUAUACUUCCAUCCUGCGGAUGAUGAAAUUCUUCAGCAAACUGACAAAGUAUUGUUAAUUGCACCUAUUCAUAGGACAACAAAACACCAACUUGCAUUGUCAGAUGUAGGAAAUCAAACCAACACACUACAAAGUCCAAAUGUUCUAAAAAACAACAGUGAUACUCCGACUCCUGCUUUAGAAUUGAGACAAGAACAGCUUCUGAAUGUUGUGAAACGAGCCAACAAGCUGGGGUCAAAGGCAUCGGAUUGGAGUCUAGGCCCCAAAGAAUACAUACUUAUGCUUGGCUGGCGCCCAGACAUUGUACAAAUGAUUGAAGAGUAUGAUAAUUAUCUCGGCCGUGGAAGCGUGUUGGAAAUAUUAUUAGAUGUCCCAUUAGAAGAAAGGAAGAAGGCAAGCUACAUAUCUGGUCAAAGAAAGCUAAAAAAUGUCCAGGUUAUCCACAGGAUUGGAAACUCCAUGAACUAUGAUACCUUGGAGGAAACCAUAAUGAACAUACAAAAUUUUAUCAAGAAAGUGAAUCAAAUUCCUUUAUCUGUAGUUGUGAUUUCCAAUAAAGAAUGGCUUCUUGGAGAUCCUUCAAGGGCUGACAAACGAUCGGCAUACUCUCUUCUUCUUGCUGAAAAUAUUUGCAACAAACUCAGAGUGACGGUGCAAAAUCUAGUUGCAGAGAUUAGUGACUCAAAAUUUGGCAAACAAAUUACAAGAAUCAAGCCAUCCGUGACUUAUAUUGCGGCUGAGGAAGUGAUGAGUCUUGUAACGGCUCAAGUCGCUGAACACAGUGAGCUGAAUGAGGUGUGGAAAGACAUUUUAAAUGCUGAAGGUGAUGAAAUAUAUGUAAAGGAUAUAAACCUAUACAUGAAAGAAGGGGAGAAGCUGUCGUUCUCAGAGCUAUCCGAAAGGGCAUUUUUGCGAGGAGAAGUUGCAAUAGGAUAUAUCAAAAACAACAAAACUGUUAUUAACCCAACUCCCAAGUCACAACCUCUGUCCCUAGAAACGAUAGAUUUACUAAUUGUUAUAUCAGAGCUGGAAGGAGAGCAACCUGUUGUUGUCUGAAUACUAAAUACAUCAUCCUUGCUUGUUUAUCUUUUCAGUCUCAUAGUGAGGAUUAGAGAUUGAGAGAAACUUCUUGAAUUUGCUGACUAGUGAAAUUUAGAAUUGUUGUUUGAAGAAAAUGUAGUAUUUUAUGAUUGUAAAUUUGAAAAGAAAAUAAAGAGGUUUAUUUUUCACAUUUCAAAAAAUUUGAAGUUAAACAUGUAAUUUAUACUUGUCCAAUCAAUUAUUAAAUUAUUCGUUAUGAUAA